UCUAAAGUUUUCGGCGUUUUGUGAUUUGCGUUGCUGUUUUAUUUUUUGCAAGUAAGCGAAUUCAUUUCUUUAGUUCGUGAAGCAAUUCUUCUCGUUAAGAUCUUUCUGCUUUCUCAUGCGAUGAAGAUUCCAUUUCUGGGUGUAGAUAUCUCAGUUUACGUUAGCCGAGUUAUUUGGAGUGUUUGUCAGCUCGCCAUGUCUAUUCAGACGCCUGCACGCAUGAGAGAUAGAGUCAAUUGGUUAUUUUUUAGUAGAAUAUUUAAUUUAAGACACGCAACGGCGGGCCUUUCAGUAAUUUAAUGGCUUCACGCGUCUUUGACAAAAAGUUAGGAAAUCAAUUUUUUACACGUAUCUUAGCCCUAGUUAUCAGUAUUUCAGUCGAUGGACGCGCUGCAUUUAGUAAGGUGAUAUCUCCAAGACAUAAGAGUAAUUUCGGUUGAUGUCUCCAUAACAACCAUUAAGUAGCGUCUUUCACUGAGUAGCGUGGCUGGCGGUUUCUAAAAGCUCAUGUAACGCGUCGGGUUGAACAUAAAAAUAGACAGAAGAGAUGUCUGCUCAUUAACUCAGAUUUGCUGCUUUAAAUAUGGUUUUUCAAGGUGGAGAAUCUUCUCGCCUAAUUGACUAAGCAUGGAGAUCAUGGACAAGCUAGAGAUCAUUAUCACGGUACUUCUACUCUGCCUGGUAGCACUAGGCGUGUACGUGGCCACUUCAUGGACACUUGCCUGGAAGAAGAAGAAGGAGAAUGAAGGAGGUCGUGUGGAGGUCCCGUACAAAUAUCUGGAGGAGGAAGCAGAGAACGCUCGGAAGAAAGUCGCCACGGCCUAUGCACAAGAGACUAUGCCAAAAAUUACCAUCACUCCUGUACAACCACGGCCGGACUUCCCUAGGAGUUUAAUGUCUUCAGACGAAUUGUUUUCCGAUGAGGAGGAAGAAGAGUCACACAGCGAUGAUCAUCUAGACUUGGGAAGACUUUAUUUCGCUCUUAGAUACGAUCAACACCGUUCCAUGUUGAUUGUGCGACUGAUCAGAGCUGAGGACAUUCCAAUGGAGCGAGAAGCAUCGAGUACUUACGUAGAUGUUCAUCUCCUUCCACUCAAUCUACAGAGCCAUACGUUUGAACCCUUCGACACCACAAUUAACGUCAGUUUCAGGGAAGUGUACGAGUUUCCGCUGUCCCAAUCGGACUUGGCACAACAGACACUCAACCUGCACAUAUGUCGUUAUGACAGCUAUUCCCGACGGACCUCUAUAGGUGAUGUGUUUCUAGCUCUGGCUGAAUUAAGCGCACAAGGAAUUGAUUUUACACGAGAAGUCUUUCUCUGUCGAAACAUCAUCAGCCAUCAAGAGAUCUACCGUACACUGGGCAGAAGGAAACGUCUGCGUCCUGUCGAUGAAGAGGGACAAGAUGAGAGUGAAAUGAAACCCGAGUCAAAACCCAAAGAAAAAAAGGCUUCAAGAACAGUGAGCUCCCAGCGGAUGUGGGAUGUUCUCCGCAGAGCCGUGAAGUCAGGUUCAUACAAAGGAGAGAAUUUGCCUUCGGAGUCUGCCAUGUACUGGGAAUCCAUAUUCUCACCCGGGGCCUCCAGUGUGGAAGGACAGAGGUUUGUAUCAGCGCCAACCAGCCCCGUCAAAUCCCCUGAAUUUGCCUACUUCUCGGGCCCAGGCCCUCCACCUGAACGCCACGGUGACACCAGCGAAGAAGAAGGUGUGGAAGAAAGGGAGGAAUCCGCUCUUGAUUUCCCUACAGAGGAAUCUGAGUUUGAUUCUUCUGCCAAUGAACAAGAGAGCGACAGGCACAAGGAAUGGUCCCAGUCUCCUCCGAUCAAGACUGUUCAGCUCUCCCCAGCUCCCGAGGAGUACUAUCGAAUCGUGCCUAUCACCCCUUAUAAAGACAAUGGAGAAGCUCCUGAGCCCUCAUUCUCCUGGAAACUUCCACACACGUAUUCAUCACGUGAUCGUGAUGUAGUACAGACUCUUACCCAAGCCUACAAGGAACCUCGGGUUGUGCCUUUCGCAAGCGUUUCCCAGUUCGAGCCCGGCGCCCCGCCAGCUAAAAAAGUUUCGUUCAGCCCGCCUUCGGUUCAAACCGGAAGUGACGUCAGAGAGCGUAGGCCGGCACAGUCAAAGAUAUCAAAACAGAAAAAAGUGGGUGAUACAAAGAGGACGGCAUCUAAAGGAAAGAGAAAAACUGUUGCAUCCAAAGAGAGAAAGAAAAUGUCUCCUAGAAAGGAACCUGAUGGUGAGCCCGCGGAGAAGAUGGUCAGCUCAGUAAAAGGGAAAGCCAGGUACUUGCCCUCAAAGUUUCGGGGUAAAUCAUCGCUAAAAGGUCACAAAAUAGCUUUUCGGCGAAAAGAACGAGAGCCUUCCGAAGGUUUAUCGAACGAAACGUCAGAAGAAGAGUCGCUGGUAGAGACUCCUUCAAGAUUAACGGAGGAUGUUGCAACUGGAAGUGGAGGAAUGAACUUCCCGUCAAUCUCCACCGGAGACUACCGAACUCCACUGUUAUCUCCUUUAAAAGACUUUUAUUCAAUUACCCGAUCGCAGUCGGAUCCGAACGUAGAUGUCGAACACUUCCGAAGUUUAGGCGAAUCGUCUCCGGGAUCCCGACUGACUCGUUCGAUGUUGGAAGUACGUGGCGACAGAACAACGGAUGAAGAAGAACAAUGAAAAUUACUGAAAAGAACAUAAGAUUCAAUCGAUAAAGAAGAAUGAUAUUUUUAUCAAAAACAAAUUUGAAGGUACUCUUUAGUACAAGUUCAAAAGUUUACAAAUUCAUGAAAUUCGAUUUUGUUAACGUUUCAGUUUCAGAGAAAAAUGGAUUAUGUCUUGGCCUUAUUAUAGCCUUGUUCUACUCAAUUAUAGAAUUCUUGAUUGUUUGAGUCUAAACUUGGGCAAGGAGUGCAUGUGGAAAUCGGGGACUGGCCGCUCUAUAGCUAGGUCCAGCAGUUUGUCGAUGAAUCACAAAAAUAAAACACAAAUAUCGAUAUUUUCCACACGAGUUUCCAGAUGUAAUUCCUUGAAAUGGGAAAAAAAUCGUUGUAUAUUAAUAGGAAAUGUAAUUCUUUGAAAUGAGAAAAAAAUUCACUUUAAGUGACCAGGAAAUAACAGUUUAAUAAUUAGAAUAUAGCUACAUCGACAGGAAUUUACUAUGUAUAUUACAGAUAUAUAUUCAAAAUAAAUCUAUACACGGAGCUACCAAA